UUAUAUGAACCAGCAUAUAGAAUUUCCCUUAUUGUCGACCUCUUUUUACUGCAAAAUCGGAUUACCCUGCCGAAUAUUUAUACCAAUCGUGAAUAAUUGCUGUCAGAGUUGAAAGUUGUCAAAGUUGAAUGCCAGUGCGUGUGAACUGUGAAAAGGCAACAUGAAUCGACGUCAUUUGAAAUUUUUAUUUGUACAUACGUUGAUCGUUAUCGCAUUGCUUCACGCCAUCAAUGGUUCAGAGUUAGCGACAAGAUCGGAAAAUCAAAUUGCGAUGUUUGGCACUAAAGAGAAACCUAACUUUUCGUACGUUCUAAACAGCGUGACAACAAAGCCGUGCAUUUUGGCAAAUAUGAUCAUUGAGAUCAAUGUUCCACAUAAAACGAAGGAAAAGAAACCUUUGGUAGUUCCAAAUAGUAAUGUAAUAAUAAAUGGUCAUUGUUCAGCUGUAAUAUCAUAUAUGAAUAUAACUUGGAACGGAAAUGAUAAAGAAAACAACUCAAUUAAAUUUACAUUCAUCAACGAUCACACAAAUUUCUCGCUUUUUUCCAUUGAUCUUAAUAUUUACCGAGAUGAGAAAAAUGUCGAGAAUGCUAUAGACAAGAAACAAUGGUUUAGAGCGACAUCAGAUAUCGAUCUUCGUUUAUUUAUCGCGCCCGUUGAAAAUGGGAUUCAUCGGUGCGAAGAAACGACAUUGAAGGUCGGAGACGGGGAAGUAAUUAUGAAAAAUGUUUCUUUAAUUGCAUUCAACAGAAAUGAUGACAUUACAUCGCGUCAAGACACGCACUGCUCUAAAGGACAGCAGAAAAGUGAAACGUUCCCUUACGUUUUAAAGGACGCGAAUAACAACAAUUGUAUAAUGGCGAGGAUGUCAAUUCUUGUGACAGUACCGUUCAAAACGAAAAAAUCGGAAACGGCGAUUGCAAACAUAGACCUUUCAAAGUACAAAAUUAAUGUCGGCGGAGUUUGUGACAGUAACAUCGCCACGAUGACAUUAACUUGGCCUUCGGCGAACAAGAAAGAAAAUAAAAUUUCGCUUAUUUUCGUCAAAAAGGAAAAGACUAGCGAGCUGUAUAAUAUUAGGGUCGAGAUUUUCACAGACGAGGAAAAUUUUAAGGAUGUCGAGAGAGUAGGUGACCUAAUUUCGAUAGACAGAUACGAUGCUUCUCUGUUUCCGGCACCUGUCGUAAAUGGCAUCCAUAGUUGUCCAAAACAAACUAACAUCACGAGCAUCAGCGGCAACAUAACCAUAAGCGACGUUCUCUUGGUCGCGUUUGACGCCGAGAAAGAUUUCGCCUCGAAGAAAGUGAUUGAUUGUAGAAGUAUUCUUUACGAAGAUGACUUCAACUAUGUCAUAAGGGAAAAGGAUAUGGGCGUUCCCUGUACUUUGGCGAACCUGUCGAUUACUGCGGUUUUGCACAAGGAAAAUAAGGAAAUAAAAUUAGAUGUUCCAGCUAGUGCUACCGCAACCGGUAUUUGUGCUGAUAAAUACUCUCAGAUGGUAUUAAGCUGGCCAGUUAGCCAAAUGGCGAAUAACGUAAAGAAUAAUAUUACAUUUCAUAUCGGUCGAAAUAAGACCCACUUCUUCGUUUCCCAAAUAGCAGCUACUAUCUAUUCAGACGAAGGCGCUGAUGAUAAGAACAAAAUAAAUGGCGCGUCGUAUACUGGCAUCGAUCUGUUUUCGGCAGCUGUGACCAACGGAAUUUAUCAUUGUUCAAAUUCUAUUUCCGGCAUAGAGCUUGGCGACAUUCGUCUAACAAUAACCGACGUUACAUUUAUCGCAUUCUAUACCGAAGAAAAUAUAUAUUCAGCAAAUGUGACGGAGUGUUCCAAGCCGGAGUCAACAACUACAACAGAAUCCAAACCUACAUCUACACCUGAACCUACAUCUACACCUAAAUCUAAUGUACACUAUAAUUAUUACGUAAAUUCUACAUCGGACGUAACUUGCAUUGCAGCAAACAUGUCGAUUUUUAUAGAAGUGCCUUACAAAACCACAGAAAAUAAAGACGAAAAAAGACCUUUGCACGUGCCGAAUAAUGCGAAUGUAACUGGCGAGUGCGAGGACAAAUGGUCGAUGAUGAAAUUAAAUUGGAUCGUGAAUGAAAGUAAAGAAAACAAUACGGUCACGGUGAACUUUGAGAAAAAUGAUUCAAACUAUUUCAUUCGCUCUGUGAAUGUGUCUAUUUAUCUAGACGACCAUAAUUUUCCUAAUCAUAAGGAGAAAACGUACAACGCUAGCACGGAGAAUCUCCAUGAAUUCUCCACUCCUCUGAACAAUGUCUAUAAAUGUUUUCGCAAUACCUCGCUGACUGCCAAAGACGCCAAAGUAGUCAUCACUAACGUUACUUUCAUAGCGUUUAAUACCAACCAGAUCAUCACUUCGCAAUCAGUGAAUUGUGUCGACAAUGACGAUACAAGCGAAAGUAAUGUUGGAGUCAUAGUGGGAGGAAUUAUCGGAGGUCUUAUUGUCCUUGCUGCAAUUAUAUCUCUAGUUGUACGGUACAGGAGAAGAAGAGGAUACUGAGAUAAUAAACAAAAGUAUCGAGUGAAACUAUUAUAUAUUAAUGUAAUAAAUAUAUCUCUAUAUUA